AUGGGAAACAGCUUAAGGUUUUGUAUAGCUUGUGUUCUUCCAUGUGGAGCACUAGAUUUGAUCAGGAUCGUUCAUCUAAACGGCUACGUUGAAGAGAUCACACGGUCCAUAACCGCAGGAGAGAUCCUCCAAGCAAACCCAAACCAUGUCUUAAGCAAACCAUGCUCUCAAGGAGUUGUCCGCAAAAUCUUGAUCUUGUCCCCUGACUCCGAGCUCAAGCGAGGAAGUAUCUAUUUUCUCAUCCCUGACUCUUCCUUGCCGGAGAAGAAAAGGAGGAGAAAAGACGGUCAUAAUCGUCCGAGAAAGACUCUCGUACAAAACCCUAGCGCUGACGCAGGAGACGUUAAAGAAGAUGAUGAAUGUGCUAAGUUGUGUGAGAAGUACUUAGAAGAAGUAGUGUUGGCUACGUCGAGUGGUAAAGAACAUCGUCAUCGCCGGCGACAUAGCAGAUCGAAGUCAGUAUCCACGUGGCGGCCUCACCUUGAUAGCAUCUCUGAGGAUCUUAAUUAA